GAGGGUAGCUUGCUGGGUGUGUUACAGUCUCACAGGGGUCACAGGAGGUGAGGGUAGCUUGCCGGGUGUGUUACAAUGUCACAGGAGGUGAGGGUAGCUUGCUGGGUGUGUUACAGUCUCACAGGGGUCACAGGAGGUGAGGGUAGCUUGCUGGGUGUGUUACAAUGUCACAGGAGGUGAGGGUAGCUUGCUGGGUGUGUUACAGUCUCAGGGUGGCCGUGUGGUGGUUGCUGGGUGUGUCACUGCGUCAGAGGGGUGACGGGGGCGAGCUGGGUGUGACCGUCUCGGGGGGAGGGGUCAUCUUGCCGGUGUAACGCGGCCGAGGGUAGCAGCUCCGUGCAGGGGGGAAGGCGGAGGCGAGCAUGGGGGCGUGGUCAGGGGCGAGGCGCUGACUGAGUCGCUACCGUCAGCGUAACCACGCCUCUUCCUGCCCCGAAGUCCCGCUCCCCAAAGACGGCUGCUGGGCAAGGCAGGAAGUGACGCAUCCCAGCGCGCCCCGCGGCGGGCCGAAUUUCCGCUCCAUUUGAAAGUGAUCGCCGCGGCGGCUGUUGCUUCCCGCGGUUCCGCGCCCCUCCCCCUCCCCCGCCCCGCGUGAUGGCCGCCUUCGCCAUGGAGCUGCCGCUGGCCGGAGCUGAACCAAUGACUCUUGGUUCCCCGACCUCUCCAAAGCCAGGAGCUGGUGCUCAGUUCCUACCUGGAUUUUUAAUGGGUGAUUUACCAGCUCCAAUGACUCCACAACCUCGCUCUUUAAGUGGCCCUUCUGUUAGUGUGAUGGAAAUGAGGUCUCCUUUACUUGCAGGUGGAUCUCCUCCACAACCAGUAGUUCCCACACACAAGGAUAAAAGUGGUGCUCCCCCUGUUAGAAGUAUAUAUGAUGAAUUAUCUAGUCCAGGACUUGGAUCUACACCUCUAACCUCAAGAAAACCACCCAGCUUUUCUGUAACACAGAGUCCAUUGGUUGGAGCUAUGCCAGCAACCCCUGGAACAGCCACAGGUGUAUUUAGUCCUGCAAGUAUUGGACAGCCCAGAAAGACAACACUGUCUCCUGCUCAGCUGGAUCCUUUCUACACUCAAGGGGAUUCCUUAACCUCAGAAGAUCAUCUUGAUGACACCUGGGUAACUGUAUUUGGGUUUCCUCAAGCAUCUGCUUCAUAUAUUCUACUACAGUUUGCACAGUAUGGAAACAUAUUAAAGCAUGUGAUGUCCAAUACAGGAAACUGGAUGCAUAUUCGGUAUCAGUCCAAACUGCAAGCCCGGAAAGCCUUGAGCAAAGACGGAAGGAUUUUUGGUGAAUCUAUCAUGAUCGGAGUCAAGCCUUGUAUAGAUAAAAGUGUGAUGGAAAGUUUUGACAGAGGCUCUGCAUCCUCCAUGUCUUCAGUCUUCACGCCACCAACAAAAAACUUAGGCACACCGAUGCAGCCUGCAAGUACUCCAAGGAUUUCUACAAUGAGACCUCUUGCAACAGCAUAUAAAGCAUCCACUAGUGACUAUCAGGUGGUUUCUGACAGACAAACCCCAAGGAAAGAUGAAAGUAUUGUAUCUAAAGCUAUGGAAUACAUGUUUGGCUGGUAGCAAGCAAUGGAAAGUAUUACUCUAAAACACAGUUAGGGCUACAAAUAAACUGCCAGCUUCCUGGUUAGUUGUAUAACCACUCAUGGCAGUAUUUCAGCUUCCCUUCACACCAGUUAUGCCUUCUGAGAGGAGAAUUCAGCAUACAUUGUUUGCACUUUAAAUGAUGGCAAUGUACACAGCAUUUUGAGAUGUUAAUCUUAAACUAAUCAGUGUAAAUACAAGUGGUCUCUUGCUGUUUGUGCUCUAGUGAUUGCAUGACUUCAGGAAAAAAAUCAGUACUGAUUUGCUAUAAGUUAUGGAAUUGUGUUAAUUAUACUUUCCAGUAAAGUGAGAAUGUAUAAAUGAUAACUCAGUUCACUGUUUCCCAAUAAUGUAACAAUGUUUCUUAAUCUUUUCUUGAAAGAUGGUAAGUUUUCUGCAGGAUGAACACUAUGUAUUCUAGUAAAAUAAGGGAUUUUUUUGGGGGGCUACCAAUUUUAAAAUGGAUGUUUUUAAAUUUUAAUUUGGAUGCUGUUUAAUAUUUCUCUGUUUAUAUAAAGUUCAUCUUGGAGUCCCAUUAUAAAUUUUCAUAAGUCUCUUUUAAACCUUUUAACUUAAAUUUUCUUAAUAAAAUUUAAGAGUUUGCAAAGUUGAGUUCUUUUUAAAAGCUUGAGUGACCCAUGUGUUCAUGAACUUCCAAUUUGUCUCACAGGCGUAUUGCAUGUACCACCUGAACUUACACAGCACUAUAUCAGGGUUCAGGUAGCCAGUCAAACAAAAUGGGUGGAUUUAAUUUGCAUAAAUUGAAAUUGGUAACACUAUUAAGAUUUAAAUUUGCACCUACUAAGAAACUAAUUUAGUAGUGCACUGUGCCACUUAUCAAUACCUAUGCUUUUAUUUAGAAAAGGUCAAAAAUAUGUGACACAAACUUGUAUGUUUCACCAGGACUAAAAUACAUCCCCCACUUGAGUGCACAGGACAUGCCCGCUUUUAACCAUGUUCAGCACACUACAGUUUGAAACAAGCAGUUAAAAAUAUCUAAUUGCAAUUGCAAGUGGAAAAAAUAGCUAAACUGUAACUUGGCCAGAACAAAGACUAAGCUAAUUGCUGCAAGGGGCCAGAGCCUUUUACAUCGUAAGACUUUUUAAUGAAAAAGCUAUUUCUGCUGCGUUGGCAGAAUAGUGAAUCAAAGGGUAGAGUGUCAUCUUUUGAAUUACCAACAUACUCUCCUUCAGUACCCAGAACUUUUCUGAGAGGUGGCCUAUCCAGGAUUGAGGAGGAUUCAUCCUAUAUUAUGUGAGAUCCAUGAUCAUAGAUUGAGAUGGCUAAAUACAGCUGAUUUUUUUUCCCCAUGUUUACUCAAAGGGAAAAAUCUUUCCUCCGUACACUACCAUCCCUACAUCCUUGUUUCUAGUAUCUUCCUCCAACUCAAGCUAUUUGACUAUCACAUUUUGACACACAGUUACAAACUUCAUCCUGACUCAGUAAAUUUCCCUUUCUCAAGGUACCUGAGAGGAAACUUCUCUCCUCUCAAUAAGCUUAAUGUAUUUCAGUUAGUGUUGAACUCUAGUAGUAACUCCUCAGAAUUCAGUUCUACAGCUGAUGGCAGCCCCUUUGCCCACAUGAUUCAAGAGGGACAUUUCUAUAGCUUGGGGCAGCAUGUGGCUCAGUGCACGGCUGAUAUUCGUAUCCAAGCAGUUUGUACUUGGUUCCAGAGUAUAUCAAAGAAGGUGCAUGUGUCUUUACUCCCAAAUAGAAACCAACUAUACAUGGUACAUCCUAGAUCUUAUGCAAAGUGGGGAACAUAAGAGUGUGGAACAUGUGCAGCCUUAAGCGUUGUCUAAAUAUGUAUUGCACCAGUUUAAGAUAAAUUAGCUUUUAAACUGACUUCAACCAGUG